GCGAGGCAUCGCAUAUAAACAUGACCGAGUGCCGAGAGAUGCUAACUUUUCACCAGACCAAACCAGAGCCUCCUGCCUAGCUCUUACCUUGCGUUCGUGCCGGCAACUCCUUCGGAGGCGUUCGUGAAGAGCGCAGACAUGGGCGAUUAUCACAGGAUCCACCCGGUGACGGUGGGCUCGCCGCCGCCGUCGGCGCCGCCGGAGCAGGCACGAGGCAAGAAACCCAGCCAUGACCAGCUGCAGCUGCCGGUCACGGCGCCGGCGCCGGACGCGCCCGCGCCACUGCCCCCGCCGCGGCGCCGCAGGCGGCACAGCCGGUGCUGCCGGUGCGUGUGCUGGACCCUGCUCGCCGUCGUCAUCCUCGUCGUUGCGCUCGGCGCCACGGCGGGCAUCCUGUACCUCGUGUUCAGGCCCAAGAUCCCAAACUUCAAGGUGGACCGGCUCACGGUCACCCGGUUCGACGUGAACCAGACGACGAUGACGGUGACCGACGCGUUCGACGUCGACGUGACGGCCACCAACCCCAACAAGCGCAUCGGCAUCUACUACGACGGCGGCGAGGUCACCGCGUCCUUCAACGGCACGCAGAUGUGCCGCGGCGACUUCCCCGCGCUGUACCAGGGCCACCGGACCACCGUGCGGCCACGCAUCUCGCUCGCCGGGGAGACGAGGCUGGACAGUGAAGUCGUAGGGCAGCUACUGCAGCAACAGCAAGCCGGGUUUGUGCCACUGACGGUGAGUGCCCGCGUGCCGAUCCGCAUAAAAUUUGGAGCCAUCAAGCUAUGGAAGAUGACGGGGAAGGCUGAUUGCAACUUGGUGGUUGAUAAUCUUCAGGCAGGCACUCAACUUCGCAUCCGAUCCAAUAGUUGCAGUUUUAAGCUUAAGAUCUAGACAUUUUUACCCACCUUUAGAAUUGUUCCUUACGCAUGUACAGUGCAUUAGCUAGUCAUAAGAUUACAUCUCAGCAGAGAUACACUUUCACAGCAUUCUUUUUCGGCAUGUGUAUUCAUUACCUGAGUAAAAUAAGUUCCUAUGUACAUUUAAAAUAUUCCGUAUUCGUUAAUAAAAGGCAAUAUGCAUUUAUUGA